UUUGGCGGGUGAAUGGAAAUGGAGGGGUAUUAAGGUAAUUUAAGAAUGGUUGAGUUAGGGUUUUGGUGUCCCAUUUAUAAAGGUCUGGUGUUUUAAGAUUAGAUCUGCUGCGGCUGUUGCGCGUGCGAGUGUGAGUGUGAGUGUCUGCGAGCGUCGUCGUUUCGAUUCCCUCCUCUUUCCUUUUCUCUUUCUCUCUCUCUCUCUCUCCUUCGCCACUCUCACUCUGCAUGCUCUCUCAUUCCUCCACAUCCAAUCGAAUCGAAUCUCAGAUCUCGGAGAUCAGAAUGGUGGAUCCAACUGGAAAAGGAUCGGAAGGCGAGGAAUCAAACCCUAACGCGGGGAACAGCAACAAUGAGCACAAGAAAACAUGCGCCGAUUGCGGCACCACCAAGACCCCUCUCUGGAGAGGUGGUCCAGCGGGUCCUAAGUCUCUUUGCAACGCCUGCGGGAUCAGAAGCCGCAAGAAGAAGAGAGCCAUCUUGGGGAUCAGCAAGGGGACCACCGAGGAUCUCAGAAAGGGCAAGAGGAACAACGCCGCCGCCUUCAAGAGGGACGUUUUCUUGCACCGAUCGCAUUGGAAGAAGCUCGGCGAGGAAGAGAGAGCGGCCGUCUUGUUGAUGUCGCUCUCCUAUGGAUCCGUUUAUGCCUGAAGCAAAUUUCAUUACAUUAUUGUUAAGGAGGAUUCUAGAUUUUGUUUUAGGAUGUUACCCUAACCUUUCCGAAGUGUAUAUGUUUUGUUUUUCUCUAUUGAAUCAGUGUGUCUGUCUCAACAGUUGUAAGAAAUCAAAAUCAUUCAAGUCCAAUUUUGCUAAUAUACCUACCUAUUUUCAA